AUGCGUGCGAGCGGACGUGGCGCCAUGGCGGCCGCGCGCGUCCGUCUGAGAGAAGCCACCCAGCGAAAACUGAGGAGGUUCUCGGAGCUGAGAGGAAAACCUGUGGCAGCUGGGGAAUUCUGGGAUGUAGUUGCUAUUACAGCAGCUGAUGACAAGCAGGAACUUGCUUAUAAGCAACAAUUGACUGAAAAGCUGAGAAGGAAGGAGUUACCACUUGGCGUUCAAUAUCAUGUUUUUGUUGAUCCUGCUGGAACGAAAAUUGGAAAUGGAGGGUCAACACUUUGUGCUCUUCAGUGUUUGGAAAGUCUAUAUGGAGAUAAAUGGAAUUCUUUCACUGUUCUGUUAAUUCACUCUGGUGGCUACAGUCAGCGCCUUCCCAAUGCAAGUGUCCUGGGAAAAAUCUUCAUGGCUGUGCCCCUCGGCAACCCCAUCUAUCAGAUGCUGGAGUUAAAGCUGGCCAUGUACAUUGACUUCCCCGCACGCAUGAGUCCUGGGGUUUUGGUUACCUGUGCUGAUGAUAUUGAACUUUACAGCAUUGGGAAGUUUGAUUGUAUUAGUUUCAACAAGCCUGGCUUUACUGCUCUAGCCCAUCCUUCCAGUGUGGCUGUAGGUACCACACAUGGAGUAUUUGUCCUGGAUUCUUCUAAUCCUGUGGAACACAGAGACCUUGAAUAUAGGCUCUGCCAUCGCUUCCUUCAUAAGCCAAGUGUAGAAGACAUGCAGCACUUUCAUGCUGUGUGCAGACCUGGAAAUGUGCCUCAGCAGGACCUGGCUGGGGAGGGCACUGCCUGUCUUCAGUUGGAUUCUGAAUAUGUCUACACAGAUAGCCUAUUUUACAUGGAUCAUAAAUCUGCAAAAAAGUUACUUGAUUUCUAUGAAGACAUAGGUACCUUGAACUGUGAAAUUGAUGCCUAUGGCGACUUUCUACAGGCAUUGGGACCUGGGGCAACUGUGGAAUACACCAGAAACACAUCAAAUGUCACAAAAGAAGAAUCACCAUUAGUAGAUAUGAGGCAGAGAAUAUUUCAUCUUCUUAAAGGAACGCCACUGAAUGUCAUUGUUCUUAACAACUCCAAGUUUUAUCAUCUGGGAACAAUAGAAGAGUAUCUGUUUCAUUUUACUUCAGGUAGUAGUUUGGGGACAGAGCUUGGCUUACAGCCCAUAGCAUUCAGUGUCCUUCCUGAUAACACAGUGUGCUCUGGUAGAAUGUCCUGCAUCAUUCACAGCAUACUUGACUCAAGAUGUUCCGUGGCACCUGGCUCAGUGGUCGAGUAUUCCAGAUUGGGAGCCGAUGUGUCCAUUGGGGAAAACAGCAUUGUCAGCAGCUCACACUUCACACCGCACACUGCCCUUCCUGCAAAUUCUUUUGUGUGUUCUUUAAGCUUAAAGAUAAACGGACAUUCACAGUAUUCAACUGUGGUAUUUGGCAUGCAAGACAACUUGAAAAACACUGUAAAAACUUUAUCAGAUAUGAAGGAACUUCAGUUCUUUGGAGUCUGUUUUCCAACCUGCUUAGCUAGGUGGAAUCUUAAAGUUACAGAGGAACUUUUCUCCGGGAGUAAGGUGCAUCUGAGUCUGUGGAAUGCUCGCAUUUUCCCAGUGUGUUCUUCGAGGACAGAGUCAGUUGCAGCAUCCCUAAAGAUGUUAAAUGCUGUAAAGAAUAGUACUGUAUUCAGCCUGAAUGACUUUAAGCUGUUGUCUAUCGAGGAAAUGCUUGUCCAUAAAGACGUACAAGACAUGAUAGCAUAUAGAGAUCAGAUCUUUCUGGAAAUCAGUGUAAAUAAAAAGCAGUCGGGCACACAGAUAUCCUAAAUAUCAUAUUCUUGAACUUUCUUGGUACAGGAUGGUAAAUAUAAGCCUUCUCUGAAGGUUUCUGACUUCUGUUUUGAUUUUUUUCUGUAAAGCAAAAUCCUGAAAUUGUAUAAGCAUAGCUGGUGUAACAUAGUAACGGCACCCAAGCACUUAGACUUUAUUUUUGAUGGAAGACUAUCCACACUGAGGAAAGGGAUAUUUUAAUACAUGUCUUUCAUUGUUUGAGUUUUUAAUAAGAUCAGAUUUCUGGGGUACUGUAUUGCUUACAUAGUAAAUACUAAUGAUAGUUUUAAAAGAUGUUUUCUAAACAUACCUUUAGAAUUGUCCUUUUGGACUUGGAGCUAAUAAAAUUCUAAGGGUUAUCAGCUAUUGUGUUGGUUUCCUAUCUUGCCCUUGUGACAAAAUACCUGGCAGGAUCACCUUAAAGAAGAAAAGUUUUGCUGUGGCUCUCAAUUUAGAGAGAUUUCAGUCCAUCAUGGUAGGGAAGCCAUAGUGGCUGGGGUGCUUGCUCCCUUGGUGGUGGCAAGACUGAAAUGGGUCAUCAGUAGAGCAAGCAACAACUAGGAGUGCACUAAAUCUUCAAGGCCCCUCGCUAUUAAUCUACUUCCAACAGCUAGGCCCCUAAUUGUCUGAGUUGUAGGGAUAAAAAAAAAAAAAAAAUUGGUCAUAAUUCCAGGUUCUCUAUACCUGUUUUGGUACAAGCACAUUUGGGAAAUGUUUUCAUAUCAAAGUCUAUUAAUUAGUGAUAAGAUUUUUUUUUCAGACAUGGGUGUCUUACAUUGCUGUGAAUAAUUGGUAGUAUUAUUUAUGUACAUUGCCAGACAAGCUAGAAGUAAAUUAUCUGAAACCCUUGAUUUUUAUCUCUUUUUCAAAAUUCUUUUUAAGGAGAAAGUAAACUAUAUGGUAGUUGUUGCUUAAUAAUUAUUGGUUUUGCUUACAGAGCUCUCAAAAGAUGUUUUGUGAUAUUCACUAAAUGAGAUUGAAAAGUUACUCGAUCUAAAAUGAUGUCAAUUAUCAGAAUGUUUCAUGUUUUAAGGGAACAACAUUAUCAAUAAAGUAUGACACUGCUACCUUGGUUAUUGGAAUUUUCAUUCUUACUGUAGAUCAUUUCAGGUACAUUAAGACGUAGCUUGGGUUGAGAUGGCCCAGUGGUUAAGAGCACUUGUGCAACCAUAAGGGUCUGAGACCACUGGAGUUCAAUAUCCUAGCAGCAAUGUAACUAGCUGUAUGUGGCCACGCACUUCUAUAACCUCAGGCUUUUCAGAGUACAGGCAGGAGAACCGCUGUGGCUCGCUGAGUGACUGAACAGCCAGCCAUAUAGGCAGCUGUGGAUGGAGUGAAAGAAAUAGGGGGCUGAGCAAAAAGAAGAGGACACCCAGUGUUCUCUAGCCUCCACACAUACGCACAUGAGGCUACACUACAUACACGUCACACCCAGUGUUCUCUAGCCUCCACACAUACACACUACAUCCACGUCACAUGCCACAUACACUCAGCAUAGGCUCACACAUACCAAGCAAAUGGGUUUCAUUGUUUGUAUACACAUAAAGUUUUUAAAAAUUAAAUAAUAGAGGUACCAUGAAGAGAAGGAUCAUGCCAGGGUCUCUUGCCACUACAAGUGAAUUCAGAUGCAUGUGCCACAUUUGUGCAUCAGGCUUUAUGUGGGUAUUGGGGAAUGGAACCUAGUUUUGCAAGCAACCACCUUGAACCAACAAGCUAUCUCUUCAGCCCCAGAAGCUACAUUUCUAUGAAUUUCCUACGCCCUUUGGGGUUCCCACCAAGCUGCCAAAUCCAGGCACAUGCUCUGCAAGUUCUGAUGCUAACUCUUGCUUACAAAGGUUAUUUCAUUUUUGUCUGUCUCAUGUCUCUAGGACAUUUCUGAGAAAUUGAUGUCAUAUUCAAACAUCUGUGAAAAUACUUGAUCAACUAAGUCUUUUGUCUCAGUUAUAGUACUUUUGGUGUAUUGCUGUCCCUCUUUUAUGUUGUUUUUACCAAGAAGAAAAUGAAUAGUAUAUAUGAUACCUACUGUUUAACAUGUAUUGAUUGACUUGCUGAUUUUCAAAGAAUGUUAUGUGUUUAUCAUUCAUUAAAUGUUCAAUAUUUUGUGGA